GUAAAUCAAAAUCGUUUACAAAUUAGUGAGUAGCGGGCGUACGAAAGACAGGAAUGAAACGACGUCGUAUAUGCUUAAACACGCCAUUGACCGAAGGUCCAAUGUUGGCUUGGUUUGUGUUCAGCCCUCCCUUAUUCGGGAUCUGAUAGUUGUAGGCGUUGGAAACCCCAGCCCUAAUUAGUGUUCUCAAACAGCGAUCAUUUCAUUUUUAUUUUUAUUUUUAUUUUUAUUUUUUAAUUUUCAUUGACGGAAAAGAGAAACUCUCGGAAAUGGCGAUGAAAAAUUUCAGGGUUUUCUUCUUUGUUCUAGUCCUCCUCGCCUCUCCUCUCCUCCAAGUUGCUAGGUGUCAAUCAGAACCAGAGGCAGAUGUUGGAGAUGCUGUAGAAGUAGGUGAUCUCGGGAUUGUUGGUGAGGAUGUUCAGGAUUUCGGUGAUGGGAAUUUUGGCCCUGCUCCUGGAGUUGAAACUGUCUGUGUUUUCCCCAAAAAUAGCGCCAAAUUGGUUCUGGCUGGAGAAGAGACAGAACUCCUUGUUGGGAUGGAAAAUGUUGGGGAGUCUCCUGUGAAUGUCAUUGCGGUCAAAGCCAGUGUUCAUCUCCCUUUUGAUCAUCGCAUGCUUGUUCAAAAUCUUACAGCACAGGCCUUUAAUAAUGCAUCUGUACCCCCUUCAACGCAAGCUACUUUCCCUUACAUAUUUGCUGUUAGCAAGUACUUGCAGCCUGGAACUUUUGAUCUUGUGGGUACAAUUAUCUAUGAUAUUGACCAGCACCCAUACCAAAGUACAUUCUAUAAUGGUACCAUUGAAGUUGUUGAGGCUGGCGGUUUCCUCAGUGUCGAGUCCGUUUUUCUUGUUACUCUUGGGAUUGCACUUCUUGUUCUCCUUGGUUUAUGGCUUCAUGGUCAAUUUCAGCGCAUCUCCAAGAAAACUAAGAGGGCUCCAAAGGUGGAAGUUGGAACUGGGACUACUGAUGGCUCAUCGGAUGAAUGGCUUCAGGGAACUGCUUAUACUCAGUCAGCUCCCAAAUUAAAAAAGAAGUAGAUGGACCGGUGCAUGUGAAGUCAGGUUAUUUUAACUCAUGCUAGGCAUUUUAAGUGAGGGCACAGGUAGUUUGAGAAUUAGGCCAGGAAAGACAUACCUUGCUGUUUUAGCAUGUGAAAGAAUUUUUUUUACUACAUUUUUAUUUUCUUGGGGAUUCUGAAAUUGAGCCCUUUUGAAGCAGAACUAACUCUAAUAUGAGGCAGAAGGAUACAUUUUAUUGAACUUGGAGGAAUUUUCCCAGAUCACGUGACAUUUUCUUGCUCUAAGCCAUUAACCAUGGCAUUUGCUUCUUGUUUCCUUUCCUGUCCACCAAAUGUAGAAAGUUAGUUUGUUCGGUAUAAUGUGUUAAAAAUCUUGCUCAUGGCCUCCGUUAUCUUUCACCGCUUACAGUGUGCUCGCCUUUUUUUAUCGGUUCCACA